CGGAAAAAGCAGACACCCUCGAAACUCCCUCCUCCUUGCUCUAAACUACUAAAACCCUUCAUCAAAUCUCCCUCCCUAUAUAAUAGUAGCCCUACAAAAACACAGAAAUACAAAUGUCCCACAUCUCAAAUCUGCGCCUCCUCCUCUCCCCUCUAAAUCCCACUCUCCGUUUCCCCUUCUCUUCUAAACACAGACCUUAUUCUCUACUCACCAUCCUCUCUUCUUCUUCUCCUUAUCCAAAACGACGACACCGUACCACGCCAAACCACCCGUCUCUUAAUUUCAGAAGCAGAAGCAAAACUACGUCUAGAGAGACCAGAGAUAGAGACAAAGGGCAGUCAAUGGACGAGAGUGGCAAGGAGAAUUUUGGGUUUAAUAAAAAAAGGGCUGAGGGUAGAGAUAAUCCUAAAAGGAAUUUACAGUUGAAAGUCAGAAAGCUCAAUCCUAUCAAUACUAUUUCUUAUGUGCAGAUUCUUGGGACUGGAAUGGACACUCAGGAUACUUCACCUUCUGUCCUGCUCUUCUUUGACAAGCAAAGGUUUAUUUUUAAUGCUGGAGAGGGAUUGCAACGAUUCUGCACGGAGCAUAAGAUUAAACUAUCGAAGAUAGAUCACAUAUUUCUCUCUCGUGUCUGCUCAGAAACAGCUGGUGGAAUUCCAGGUUUGCUGUUAACUUUGGCUGGCAUGGGAGAAGAAGGAAUGUCAGUUAACAUAUGGGGUCCAUCAGAUCUCAAGUAUUUGGUUGAUGCAAUGAAGUCUUUCAUUCCCCAUGCUGCCAUGGUUCACACAAAGAGCUUUGGUUCCGAUAAUGUUGGUCUGGUAGAUGCAAAUAAGUUUAUAGACCCCAUUGUUCUUAUUAAUGAUGAGGUUGUCAAAAUAUCAGCUAUUCUCUUACGACCAAGCCAGUCACAAGGAUCUGCUCUAAAGCCUGGAGAUAUGUCUGUGAUAUAUCUUUGUGAGUUGCGAGAGAUUAUGGGCAAAUUUGACCCAGAAAAAGCUAAAGCUCUUGGUCUGAAACCUGGGCCGAAAUAUAGGGAAUUGCAAUCAGGAAGAUCAGUGAUGUCCGACCUCCAAAGUAUAAUGGUUCAUCCUAGUGAUGUGAUGGACCCUUCUGUUCCUGGUCCCAUUGUAUUACUUGUUGACUGCCCUACAGAAUCUCAUGUGCAGGAAUUGUUAUCUAUGGAAUCUCUCAACAAUUACUAUGUGGAUUUCUCAGGUAACCCAACACAAAGUGGUAAGACUGUGAAUUGCAUCAUUCAUCUAAGUCCUGCUUCUGUAACAAGCAGCCCCACUUAUCAGAAGUGGAUGAAGAAAUUUGGUUCAGCCCAGCACAUUAUGGCAGGACAUGAAAUGAAGAAUGUGGAAAUUCCUAUUCUAAAAUCCAGUGCAAGAAUUGCAGCACGACUUAAUUACUUGUGUCCUCAGUUCUUUCCAGCUCCCGGAUUUUGGUCGCUCACACAUCUUAACAACUCAAGACCAGACUCAAUUCUUUCAGGCGAGGGUUGUGUCUCAAAGUUGUGUGAAAACACAUCAGCUGAGAAUCUUCUUAAGUUCACUUUGCGUCCUCAUGCUCAUCUUGGCUUCGACAAAUCUAAUAUUCCAAGUUUGAUGGCUCCCUCAGAAAUUAUCAAUGAGUUGCUCACUGAGAUUCCAGAGAUUGUGGAUGCUGCCAAACAUGUGCGCAAGUUUUGGAGUGGACCUGGAGGAUUGGAAGCAGACAUAAAUGCUAUCCAGGGUAAUAAGGUCUUUACUGAAGAGCCAUGGUUGGAAGAGAAUACUCUUCCUAGUUGCUUGGAAAAUAUAAGGAGAGAUGACCUGGAGGUGGUCCUUUUGGGGACGGGAUCAUCUCAGCCUUCUAAAUACCGAAAUGUUACUUCUAUCUAUAUUAAUCUCUUCUCCAAAGGAAGUUUGCUCCUAGAUUGCGGGGAAGGAACCCUGGGACAACUAAAAAGAAGGUAUGGUGUGGAGGGUGCUGAUAAUGCCGUGAGAAAUUUAAGAUGCAUUUGGAUUUCUCAUAUUCAUGCAGAUCACCAUACUGGAUUAGCAAGAAUACUUGCUCUGCGACGAGACUUGUUAAAAGGCAUGACCCAUGAACCUGUACUUGUUGUGGGGCCUUGGCAGCUCAAGAAAUUUCUAGAUGCAUAUCAAAGACUAGAAGACCUGGAUAUGCAGUUUAUUGAUUGUAGGAGUACCACUGAAGCUUCAUGGGUUGCUUUUGAGGAUGAUAGCGAAUCAAAAAAGGAUGACCUGUCUCUAGGAAGUCCAAAUAAUUUUGCAGAGAUGAAAAAUCCUACUCUAAAUACUGAGUCAAAUUUGUUUGCCAGAGGAAACCGAAUGCAGAGUUAUUGGAAGAGACCUGGCAGUCCAGUUGAUAAUGGCAUGGUUUUUCCAAGUCUAAAGAGAUUGAAGGAGGUGCUCAGUGAAGCAGGGCUGGAGGCUUUGAUUAGUUUUCCUGUUGUUCACUGCCCUCAGGCAUUUGGUAUUGCCUUGAAGGCUGCGGAGAGAAUCAACACCGUCGGAAAAGUGAUACCAGGUUGGAAGAUUGUGUACUCAGGUGAUACUAGGCCUUGUCCAGAACUGGUAGAAGCAUCUCGUGGAGCAACCAUUCUCAUACACGAGGCAACUUUCGAGGAUGCAUUGGUGGAGGAAGCUAUAGCCAGAAACCACAGCACAACAGAGGAAGCCAUAGAAGUGGGAAACUCGGCUGGUGCAUACCGCAUCAUCCUCACCCACUUCAGCCAAAGAUAUCCAAAAAUUCCUGUAUUUGAUGAGACACAUAUGCAUAAAACAUGCAUUGCUUUUGAUAUGAUGAGUGUAAACAUAGCAGAUUUACCUGUGCUUCCUAGAGUGCUUCCAUACCUUAAAAUGCUCUUUAGAAAUGAGAUGGUAGUGGAUGAAUCAGAUGAUGUUGUAGAUGCUGCAAGUGCGGUUGCUAAUUAGGUUUCUUAUUGGAUUUGAAUUAUGAUCUUGGCCAGGUCCUUUUCUUUAAUAAUUUGCUGUCUUUUUCCCUUUCA